AUGAACACGAUAUUUACUCCACCAUUGUACAUACAGCGAUACGAAUUUGUCAUCGACUUCGUCAAAAAGAACAAACCCAAAAAGGUGGUAGACUUGGGAUGCAAUGACUGCACUCUCCUUAGGAAGCUGAAGUUUCACAAAGAAAUUGAACUGCUUGCUGGACUGGACAUUGACUGUGCAGCUAUCAGGGCUAAAAUGUAUGAACUGGCACCGAUUCCAACUGACUACCUGCAGCCAGGUGAUCAUCCCCUGACCAUUGAACUGUACCAGGGUUCAGUCACCGAGAGGGAUCCCCGCACCAAAGGAUUUGAUCUGGUGACGAGUAUUGAGCUCAUUGAGCACCUACAGCUUGAGGAUGUGGAUAGGUUCACUGAGGUUGUAUUUGGCUACAUGGCCCCAGUAGCAGCAAUCAUUAGCACUCCAAACGCUGACUUCAACCCCCUGCUCCCCGGGCUGACAGGGUUUAGACACUACGACCACAAAUUUGAAUGGACUAAAGUUGAGUUUCAGACCUGGGCUCUGAAGGUGUGCAGAGAGUUUGGUUAUGUGGUGGCGUUUACAGGUGUUGGACAGAUACCGGCCCAGGAGGAGAGUAUCGGGUUCUGCUCUCAAAUCGGAGUGUUUCAGAUCGACAGGUCAGGAGGUGACGCACCACGUCUGCAAAAUAAUGUCGCAGAGGAGCAUCUUCCUUACAGAGUGUUAUACAACGUGGUGUACCCAAGCCUGUGUGACAGCAAUAUCUUCCAGAGGACUCUGGUGAAUGAGGUCCUGUACUGGGCUGAGACCCUGAAGAGAGAGUGGCUGGAGGAGAUACGUGGAGUGGGGGAGGAAGAAUCAGAACAGACAGAUGAAGAGGGUUGUUCGAGAGAAGGAAUGGACAGGGAGGAGAGUCAGACAGGUGAAGUGGAGCGAGUGGUGGCGGGUGGUAGAGGGUUUGAGGUAGAGAAUGAGGAGGUGGGGGGAGAGGGUAGAACAGACAUGGGACAGGAGGAGCCCUACAGAGUAGGUCAGUCUGUGUGUGUCCCCUUGGUCAGGUUGUGCUCCUGCCCCAGAGUGCAAGCUCUGAGUGGGACAGUCCAGCGUCUCACAAAGUUCCUACUGGAGAACUCUAGAGUACAGCUAACCAAUGAUGGCACUGCCGUGGUGUUGGUGGACAGCGAUGAUGAAGAUUUGGAUUGGGAUGAGAACUGUGAUAACACAGGGACAGGUCCGUUCUUGGUCAGUAGCGUGGAGAACGAGGACUGGGAGACAGAGCUUGGUCAGUAGCAUGGAGAACAAGGACUGGGAGACCGAGCUUGGGUGACCUUUGUCAUAUAA